AGACCGGGUAACUUCACCUUAGAUUUAAUUUGGGGUUGCGAUAUACCAAUUUGGGAUCAUAUACUAAGUAAAUCAUAAGUGAAUUAUUAAACUUAUAUACCUUUAUCAGGAUAUGAAAUGUUUAAAAGAGAUAAUGGCUAUUUCAGUAAGAUAGAAUGUCCCGAGUUCCGAAAGUUUGGACAUUGUAAGAUUAUUAAUUGCAUAUUUAAUCAUCAAAAUCAUAUUGGAUCUACUAAUGGUAAUGGUAAUGGUAAUAAUGUUAAUAAUGGUAAACGUAAGUCAUUAUCCCAAUAUGAAGGAGAUUCCAAAAAACAGAAAGUAGAGAAUAGGGAAGCUGACCUUUCACCUAUACUAUCAAAUCAUUUAAACAUUGAUAUUGAGACUAGAACUGCCAAUAUUGAGAAAUUAAAGAAAUUUAUGGAGAAGAAUAAUGAUUAUAAUCAAUCUACUCAUAUAAAUGAACGAGAAUUACGAUUCUUAGAAACAAGUAAAUCUAUAGAAGAAUAUCAGCAUAAGAUAAAUAAAUUUGUUGAUUCUUCACUGCAAUUAAAAGAUCCAAAAUUCAUAUUACCUCAAGAAAUUAAAUUGAAUGCUCCAGCUUCAAUAGCUACUCGAAAGUUAUUUAUUCAAAAACUUGUAGAUGUUAUAAAGAAAAAUAACCCCGAGAUUCAUAUUCCAAUAUUGACAGCCAUAGAAGAAGAAUAUAAAGUAGCAUCAACCACAUCAACUUCAACAUAUGAUACUUCCAUCAAGAAAGUAAUUUUUAAAUAUAUGCAUCCUGAAAAGGUAAAGAAACCAGUAGAAAUUACUCAAGAAGAUUUCAAAAAUGCACUUAACAAGACAAUUAUUUCAGAAGAUAAACUUAAAGAUCAUGGAUAUGUCAUGGAAAUUCCUGAAGAUACUAAUCCUAGUGUUAGACGGAAGUGUCACAGGUGUCAAGCUGAAUUUAAUAGAACAGAAAUGCUCGAACCUACACAAUGCAUUUAUCAUUCUGGAAAAAUACGAAAGAAGGAUAGAUUUAUCAAAUACUAUGAUUGUUGUAUGAAAAUAGCAGAUGAUGCAGAAUCUGAACCAUGUUCUAAGAGUAAUCAUCAUGUAUUUUAUUGGAAUAAUCCAGAAGAAAUGAAUUGGGCAAGACCAUUUAAAAGGACUACUGAAUUAUUUCCUAGUGAUGAAACACAUAAAAAGAGUUUUGCAUUGGGUAUAGAUUGUGAAAUGGGAUAUACUACUAAAGGGUUUGAAUUACUUCGUGUUACUGCUCUUGACUUUUUCACAGGUGAAGAAGUUUUAGAUAUAUUAACACAAGUGGAUGGUGAAGUUAUUGAUCUUAAUACAAAAUGGUCAGGAGUUGAAGCUAUACCACCAGAUGCAUUAGAUUUUAAUGAUAUGCUCAUAAAAUUAGGAGAAAUAAUGGAUAAAGAUACAAUUUUAAUAGGUCAUGGAUUAGAAAAUGAUAUGAAUGCAUUAAGACUUAUUCAUAAUAAAGUUAUAGAUACAGCCAUACUUUAUCCAAGACACUCCAAUACAAAACGAUUCAAAUAUAGUUUAAAAGAUCUUGCAUUUAAAUAUUUGAGUCGAAAUAUUCAAAUUGGAGAGCAUGAUAGUGGAGAAGAUUCUUUAGCUGCAAUAGAUAUAGUAAAGUAUUUUGUACAUUUAGAUUUCAAGAAGCAGAAUCCGCACCAUAAAUAAGUAAAUAAGUAAAUAAGUAAAUAAAUAGAUUUAGUGCUGUACUAUUUAGUACUGUACUAGUUAACAUACACAAAA